AUGGGGAACGGCUCAUCUGAAUCCCGCUCGAAUAGCCGUGAGGAUGGUGACAACGAAUAUAUGGAAGGAAGCAGUGGAGAGACGGGGAGGAGAUACUUUGGAUUUGUAAAGGAAGGAGGCAUCAGUUUCGAUGAAAUGGAUGCCAUUUCUGAGAUAUCUCAGCGCACGAGCUUACAAAACCAUGAUGUAUCGGAACGAGGGGAGGACCAAACAGAGGAAAGCUAUGAGCUGUGGAGGCAAGAACCGAAGAUCGGGGCUGUGAAGCUAGAAGAGCACUUUCUUAGGGCAUCGUGUGUGCUGGAAGAACUCAUCGAGGAGGAGCUGGACCGAUACCGUGCCAAAUACACCCAGCCCAUUGACCUAACCAGGCUCGAAGACGUGGCCAAGUUUCUGAUGCCCGACUCAGCUCCACCAUUCCAGUUGGCCUCUGUGGGCUGGCUUGGUGACUGGCGUCCCACAGCAAUGCUUGCCCUUCUGAUGGGCCUGGCCUGCUCCUCUGCCUCAUUCUCUGAUCCGGCAGGGAUCGAAAGGACCGUGUCGGAGCUGACCCGAGAAGCCCGAAUAGAGGAGGCCAUAAUCGAUGGGGAACUGACCGAAAUACAGGCCACCUGCAUCUUAAAUCUGCCCUUUGCAUUCAUAGGAACCGGCAAUGGGCUCCAUGGGGCUGCCUCGAGUUGUGUCCAGGCUGAGUUGCAGAAAAUCAAACGGGUCAUCACCAAAGCCCAGCAGCUGAGGUUCAAGACAUUGGAGACAGUGGUGAGGAAGGUGCCAAAUCCGAGUGACGCGGCUGAGUUUCUUAUGGCAUUUGAGAGGAUCGAAGGCGCUCUUCACCAAUAUGCGGCCCACCAUGAGCUCAAGCGUGGCGGGGUCACUUUCUCGGUCAAGCGAUUGGGCAUUUUAGACAGCGCAUGAGUAGUAUAUCUAGUCUAGGGUCUGCACAGAGCAUUUUAAGCACAUCCUUGGGAAGUUUCGAGCUCUGAAAGUGUU